UCCAGGCGCCCCGGGCCCCGCCAGCCCGCCCCGGGGACCCCCGGGAGCCCCUCGCAGCCGCCCCGAGACGGUGGCCGAGCGGGCGGGCGCGUAAUUCUCCCGGAAGGGUUAUUCUCUCGCUCCAUUCUUGUUUUGGGGGGAGCCAGCGAGACAGCUCCUUUCGGGGCGCGCUGGCAAGGUGGGAGGGGGUGGGGGCCGGCCGAUUGGAUUCUUUCGCGUGUGUGUAGAAGCGGCCGCCGCCGCCGCGGCGGAGACGACAACAACUUGCUGGUUUUCAGGUUGGGUUAACGGCAUGGAGAACAGUCACCCCCCCCACCACCACCACCAGCAGCCCCCGCCGCAGCCCGGCCCUUCGGGCGAGAGGAGGAACCACCAUUGGAGAAGUUACAAGUUGAUGAUUGACCCGGCUCUGAAAAAGGGGCAUCAUAAACUGUACCGCUACGAUGGGCAGCAUUUCAGCCUGGCGAUGUCCAGCAACCGCCCGGUGGAAAUUGUCGAAGAUCCCCGGGUCGUCGGGAUCUGGACCAAAAACAAGGAGCUGGAGCUGUCGGUGCCCAAAUUCAAAAUCGAUGAGUUCUACGUGGGCCCGGUGCCUCCGAAGCAGGUGACAUUUGCCAAGCUGAAUGAUAACAUCCGCGAAAACUUCCUGAGGGACAUGUGCAAGAAAUAUGGGGAGGUGGAGGAGGUGGAGAUUUUGUACAACCCGAAGACCAAGAAGCACCUGGGCAUCGCCAAGGUGGUCUUUGCCACUGUCCGGGGAGCCAAGGAUGCCGUUCAGCACUUGCACAGCACUUCCGUCAUGGGCAAUAUUAUCCACGUGGAGCUGGACACCAAAGGGGAAACCCGAAUGCGGUUCUAUGAACUGUUGGUCACUGGCCGAUAUACCCCCCAGACUCUCCCAGUGGGCGAGCUGGAUGCUGUCUCUCCAAUCGUGAAUGAGACCCUGCAGCUGUCAGAUGCCCUGAAGCGCCUCAAGGAUGGAGGCCUAUCUGCAGGCUGUGGCUCCGGCUCCUCCUCUGUCACCCCCAAUAGUGGUGGGACACCCUUCUCCCAGGACACAGCUUACUCCAGCUGCCGCCUGGACACACCCAACUCCUAUGGACAGGGCACCCCGCUCACACCGCGCCUGGGCACCCCUUUCUCACAGGACUCUAGCUACUCCAGCCGCCAGCCCACACCCUCAUACCUCUUCAGCCAGGACCCGGCAGUCACCUUCAAGGCCCGGCGCCAUGAGAGCAAGUUCACCGACGCCUACAACCGCCGCCAUGAACAUCAUUAUGUCCACAAUUCUCCCGCGGUCACUGCGGUGGCUGGGGCCACAGCCGCCUUCCGGGGUUCCUCAGACCUCCCGUUCGGAGCAGUCAGCAGCACUGGGGGCAGCAGUGGCCCCCCCUUCAAGGCCCAACCACAGGAUUCGGCCACAUUUGCCCACACUCCACCACCUGCCCAGGCAACCUCUGCUCCUGGAUUCAAGUCUGCUUUCUCUCCAUAUCAGACCCCAGUGGCCCACUUCCCUCCACCCCCAGAAGAGCCCACAGCCACAGCCACAGCCACCUUUGGGGCCCGCGACAGCGGGGAGUUCCGGAGGGCACCAGCGCCCCCACCCCUGCCACCUGCUGAGCCUCUGGCCAAGGAGAGGCCAGGCACGCCACCCGGCCCUCCGCCCCCCGACACCAACAGCAUGGAGCUGGGGGGCCGGCCCACCUUCGGCUGGAGUCCUGAGCCCUGUGACAGCCCCGGCACGCCCACGCUGGAGUCAUCCCCUGCAGGGCCAGAGAAGCCCCACGACAGCCUGGACUCGCGCAUUGAGAUGCUGCUGAAGGAGCAGCGCACCAAGCUGCUCUUCCUGCGGGAGCCAGACUCCGACACUGAGCUGCAGAUGGAGGGCAGCCCCAUCUCCUCCUCCUCCUCCCAGCUCUCCCCACUGGCCCCCUUUGGUACCAACUCCCAGCCAGGCUUCCGAGGCCCCACGCCCCCCUCCUCACGCCCCUCCAGCACUGGCCUGGAGGACAUCAGCCCAACACCCCUGCCAGACUCCGAUGAGGAUGAGGAGCUCGACUUGGGCCUUGGGCCUCGGCCUCCACCCGAACCAGGCCCCCCGGACCCUGCUGGGCUUCUGGGCCAGACAGCUGAGGUGGCCUUGGACCUGGUUGGAGACAGAACACCGACCUCAGAGAAGAUGGAUGAGGGCCAGCAGUCCUCAGGCGAGGACAUGGAGAUCUCGGAUGACGAGAUGCCCUCAGCCCCCAUCACCAGCGCCGAUUGCCCCAAGCCCAUGGUGGUGACCCCAGGAGCAGCAGCCGUGGCAGCCCCUUCCGUGCUGGCCCCAACCUUGCCGCUGCCCCCGCCACCCGGCUUUCCCCCGCUCCCCCCACCCCCACCACCACCCCCACCGCAGCCUGGCUUCCCCAUGCCCCCACCGCUGCCCCCACCCCCACCCCCACCCCCUCCAGCCCACCCUGCUGUGACAGUGCCCCCGCCACCCCUGCCAGCGCCACCUGGAGUCCCGCCUCCUCCCAUCCUGCCACCGCUGCCCCCCUUUCCGCCGGGCCUGUUCCCUGUGAUGCAGGUGGACGUGAGCCACGUGCUGGGCGGCCAGUGGGGCGGCAUGCCCAUGUCCUUCCAGAUGCAAACGCAGGUGCUCAGUCGGCUGAUGACGGGCCAGGGCGCCUGCCCCUACCCGCCCUUCAUGGCCGCCGCAGCCGCUGCUGCCUCAGCUGGGCUCCAGUUCGUCAACCUGCCGCCCUACCGGGGCCCCUUCUCCCUGAGCAACUCCGGCCCAGGCCGCGGGCAGCACUGGCCACCACUGCCCAAAUUUGACCCAUCAGUGCCUCCACCAGGCUACAUGCCGCGCCAGGAGGACCCGCACAAAGCCACGGUGGAUGGCGUCCUGCUGGUGGUCCUCAAAGAGCUCAAGGCCAUCAUGAAGCGUGACCUGAAUCGCAAGAUGGUGGAAGUGGUGGCUUUCCGGGCCUUCGACGAGUGGUGGGACAAGAAGGAGCGGAUGGCCAAGGCCUCGCUGACCCCGGUGAAGUCCGGCGAGCACAAGGACGAGGACAGGCCGAAGCCCAAGGACCGCAUCGCCUCAUGCCUGUUGGAGUCAUGGGGCAAGGGUGAGGGCCUGGGCUACGAGGGCCUGGGCCUGGGCAUUGGGCUGCGUGGGGCCAUUCGCCUGCCCUCCUUCAAGGUUAAGAGGAAGGAGCCACCAGACACCACCUCAUCUGGCGACCAGAAGCGGCUGCGGCCCUCGACCUCUGUGGAUGAGGAAGAUGAAGAGUCUGAGCGAGAGCGAGACCGGGACAUGGCAGACACCCCCUGUGAGCUCGCCAAGCGGGACCCCAAGGGCGUGGGUGUGCGGCGGCGGCCGGCGCGGCCUCUGGAGCUGGACAGUGGUGGGGAGGAGGACGAGAAGGAGUCUUUGUCAGCAUCCUCCUCCUCAUCGGCGUCAUCAUCCUCGGGGUCCUCAACCACCUCACCCUCGUCCUCGGCCUCCGACAAGGAGGAGGAACAGGAGAGCACCGAGGAGGAGGAGGAGGAGGCAGAGGAGGAGGAGGAGGAAGGCCCCAGGAGCCACCUCUCCUCCUCCUCAACCUCAUCCACAUCAGAUAAGGAUGACGACGAUGAUGACAGUGAUGACCGGGACGAGUCUGAGAACGAUGACGAAGACACAGCCCUGUCAGAGGCAAGUGAGAAGGACGAAGGGGACUCGGAUGAAGAGGAGACAGUGAGCAUUGUAACCUCCAAGGCUGAAGCCACGUCAUCCAGCGAGAGUUCCGAGUCUUCUGAGUUUGAGUCAAGCUCCGAGUCCUCACCCUCAUCCUCAGAGGAUGAAGAGGAGGUAGCGACCAGGGAAGAGGAGGAAGAAGAAGAAGAGGAGGAGGCGAUGGUGGCAGAGGAAAGCAUGGCUUCUGCAGGCCCUGAGGACUUUGAGCAGGACGGGGCGGAAGCUUCUCUGGCCCCGGGGGCACCAGCAGUGGACUCGUUGGGCAUGGAAGAGGAGGUGGACAUCAAGACUGAGGCUGCGGCCCCUGAGGAGCGGGCCCCCAUGCUGGAUGAGCCCCCCUUGCCUGUGGGUGUUGAAGAGCCAGUGGACUCCAGGGAGCCCCCUGAGGAGCCAGGCCUGAGCCAGGAAGGGGCCAUGUUGCUGUCUCCAGAGCCCCCUGUCAGGGAGGUGGAGGCCCGACCCCCAGUGUCCCCUGAGCGAGCUCCAGAGCAUGACCUGGAAGUGGAGCCAGAGCCCCCUAUGAUGCUCCCCAUGCCCCUGCAACCACCAUUGCCGCCCCCACGACCACCCCGGCCACCCAGCCCACCGCCGGAGCCCGAGACCACAGACGCCUCACAUCCAUCUGUCCCUCUGGAGCACCCUGCUGAAGACCACCCCCCACAUACUCCAGGCCUCUGUGGCAGCCUGGCCAAGUCGCAGAGCACAGAGACGGUGCCAGCCACACCAGGCGGGGAGCCCCCGCUAUCAGGGGGCAGCAGUAGCCUGUCCUUGAGCUCUCCGCAAGUGCCCGGCAGCCCCUUUUCCUACCCAGCCCCGUCCCCUGGCUUGAACAGUGGGGGCCUCCCUCGGACACCUGGCCGGGACUUCAGCUUCACACCCACCUUCUCCGAGCCCAGUGGGCCGUUGCUUCUGCCCGUCUGCCCCCUCCCCACUGGCCGACGUGAUGAACGCUCCGGGCCCCUGGCCUCCCCGGUGCUCCUGGAGACGGGCCUGCCCCUCCCUCUGCCCCUGCCCCUGCCCUUGCCCUUGGCAUUACCCGCUGUCUUGCGGGCCCAGGCUCGUACCCCCACCCCGCUGCCGCCCUUGCUGCCCGCCCCCCUGGCCUCUUGUCCACCCCCAAUGAAGAGAAAGCCGGGCCGGCCCCGGCGAUCCCCACCAUCUAUGCUCUCCUUGGAUGGGCCCUUGGUCCGGCCACCAGCAGGGGCCGCCCUUGGAAGGGAACUCCUGCUCCUGCCGGGCCAGCCGCAGACCCCCGUCUUCCCCAGCACUCACGACCCCCGGACAGUGACCCUGGAUUUCCGGAACGCGGGGAUCCCAGCCCCUCCACCCCCCCUUCCCCCCCAGCCACCCCCACCCCCACCUCCCCCACCUGUAGAGCCCACCAAGCUGCCCUUUAAGGAGCUAGACAACCAGUGGCCCUCCGAGGCCAUCCCUCCAGGCCCCCGUGGGCGUGAUGAGGUCACUGAGGACUACAUGGAGUUGGCCAAGAGUCGGGGGCCGUGGCGCCGGCCACCUAAGAAGCGCCAUGAGGACCUGGUGCCACCUGCGGGCUCGCCCGAACUCUCGCCACCCCAGCCCCUCUUCCGGCCCCGCUCGGAGUUUGAGGAGAUGACCAUCCUGUAUGACAUCUGGAACGGUGGCAUCGACGAGGAGGACAUCCGCUUCCUAUGUGUCACUUACGAGCGACUGCUGCAGCAGGACAAUGGCAUGGACUGGCUUAACGACACACUCUGGGUCUACCAUCCCUCCACCAGCCUCUCUUCAGCUAAGAAAAAGAAACGGGACGAUGGCAUUCGCGAGCACGUGACAGGCUGUGCCCGCAGCGAGGGCUUCUACACCAUCGACAAGAAGGACAAGCUCAGAUACCUCAACAGCAGCCGUGCCAGCACCGAUGAGCCCCCCGCAGACACCCAGGGCAUGAGCAUCCCAGCACAGCCCCACGCCUCCACCCGGGCAGGCUCGGAGCGGCGUUCGGAGCAGCGCCGCCUGCUGUCCUCCUUCACUGGCAGCUGUGACAGCGACCUGCUCAAGUUCAACCAGCUCAAGUUCCGGAAGAAAAAGCUCAAGUUCUGCAAGAGCCACAUUCACGACUGGGGCUUGUUCGCCAUGGAGCCUAUCGCGGCUGACGAGAUGGUCAUCGAGUACGUGGGCCAGAAUAUCCGUCAGGUGAUCGCAGACAUGCGGGAGAAGCGUUAUGAGGACGAGGGCAUCGGGAGCAGCUACAUGUUCCGGGUGGACCACGACACCAUCAUCGACGCCACCAAAUGCGGCAACUUCGCGCGCUUCAUCAACCACAGCUGCAACCCCAACUGCUAUGCCAAGGUGAUCACGGUAGAGUCACAGAAGAAGAUAGUCAUCUACUCGAAGCAGCACAUCAACGUCAACGAGGAGAUCACCUAUGACUACAAGUUCCCCAUCGAGGACGUCAAGAUCCCCUGCCUCUGCGGCUCCGAGAACUGCCGGGGCACCCUCAACUAGGCUCCUGCACCACACUCGAAGGAUGUCGCCGCAGCCCUGGGACUCCCGAGCGUGGAGCCCCCCGGCCCCGGGGCCUGGCCCCCCCGCCCGCCCCCAUUUCAGGUGCUGUCCUCUACCCAGCGGCCAUUCAGGGCCUGGCGCCCCACACUACCCCCUGGAGCCCCUGGCUCCGGCCCCUCCGCGGGAAAGGGCUUCUCUGUCGUUCAGCCCACGUCUCUCUCAUUUUUACAAACGCCCCUUUCAGGAUUUCUGUUUAACUCCAGCAUCAGCUUCUCUCUCUCCGUCUCUCCUCCCCUCUCUCUGUUCUCUGUCUCUUCUCCCUCCCACCGUCACCCUCGGCCUCUUCCUGUGAAUGCUGCUAUGUUGUUUUGUCUUCUCUAUUUUUUUUCCCUCAUCGUGAGAAAAGACAUUUUAACCGUUGAAAUGUGAAGGUGGAAUCAGAGGGGCCCCGCGGGGGGUCUGCAGAGGCCUCAGUGUGGCUGUGCGUGGCCCGUGUCCUGGAAGCCACCCGGGCCUGGACGCAGGGCCAGGUGCUGUGGGAAGGACAGAGGCCCCCACGGCCUUGACCUCAGAACACUAAGCCCUGAAAGUCCCCCUCACUGCCCGUGGGCACAGUGAGGAGACCCCAACACCUUUCCCAACCCGAGCCCCAGGCUAUUCCUUCCCCAGAGGCCUGGGGCACCGCUGACCCGGCGACCCUGGUGGAGCUAAGCUCGUCCCCGGCAGGGUCUCCACCCGGCUCUCCCUGCCACCUCACAUCCCAGCACCCCCUAAACCUUGGGUUCAAUGUUUACUUUCUCAUUCGGAUGCCAGCAACGAGGGAGCCUCUUGGAGGCCCCAGUGCAGGUGAGGGGCGCUGAGAAGGCGGGCGGCCACUCUCUUCUGCCCUUGCCUUCACCCUGGGUGGGAGGGGGCUCCCAAGGGCGGGCGGGUCCCCCGUCCCGCCAUUACGGGUUGUCAGACCGUCUGCGUGUGGCGUUUUUUGGCUUAUAAGCUUCACCCAGUCACCCCCGACCCACACCCCACGUCCCCCUGCCGGCAGCCCCUCCCCCCAGGAAGGCCAGAGGAUAUUUAUUUUCGGAGGGAGCAGAUUCCUUCUCCUAGAGAAAGGAAAAAUCUUGGAAAAGAUUUUAAAACUCAGAUCUAAGUCUUUGACAGUUUUUUUUUUUCCCUUUUGACCCCCUUCCUAUCCUCUUCAGUUUAUUCCUAUGCAUUUUUUUUUUCUUGUGCGUGUAUAAAAUCAAAACGAAGGGGAAAAAGGUUUUUGAAGUUCAGAACCAACUUCUGUAUAUAGAGGCUGCCGCAAAGGACUUUCUCUUGGGAACAUUGUUUCUUGUAGAAACAUGCGGGAAGACAUUUUUUGCUCAUUUCUUUGUACUUCCAAAAAAAAAAAAAAAAAAGACAAAAGCAAGUCCCCCCGUACCCCAGAAAGCAGAGAAGGCGUGUAAAUAAUUUCUGGAAAGUGACUGUUGUGACCCGGAGUCCUCAUCAAGACGAGCGAGCGCGCUCCAUGUGGGAGCUGCUCCCACCCUGCAGACGCGGGCGGCCGGAGCCUCUGGUAUCUCAGCUUGUGUCAAGCUUGUUAUCAUGUAAAUUCUGUACAAAGAAUUGUUAUUUUUCUCUUUUUUGUCGUUGGUGGUUUUGUUGUGUGUGUGUUUUUGUUUUUUUUUUUUAAUUCCUUUCCCCCAGGCCCUCUCUAUUUGAGACUGUGCCCGCCGGUUUCAAGAUCAAGGAAAUUGGUGGCAUUAAGACACAGAUGGGGUACCUGGGCACAGCGGCGAACUUCUCUUCCGCUUGCGGUUUUCUGCCUAAUUGUGCAACUGAGGAAAUAAUUUAUUUUUCACAUGAGGAAAUGCGUAGCUUGUAGAGAUGGCUGAUUCAAGUUACAUGUACAGCCCCCAAGGGGCUGUCUCCAUUCUGUCCCCUUCCCAUAAAAGAAGUGGGGUGAUGCGAGAAUACCAGGGAAGGGACCCUUGCCUCGCCCCUCCCCCUGGCCUCACCUUGCCCCUAGCCAUCGUGCCCAGUGUAAACCUCGGCUGGCCUUCACUAAGGGGACUAGACCUCCCUCUCCCAGGAACCCCCGCCCCAGCCCCAGAGUGGUUUGCAAUAAUCAAGGUAUGUGUCGAGUCAUUCUUCUUUCAACUCCCUCAUUUUUCAUUGAACAAAUCUCUGCUUUUCAAGAGUUGGGGGUUUCUGCUAUUUUUUGUUUUCUCUCCCUCACCCUGCAAAGAGAACCAAUAAGUUUUAGGGACGUUUCUGUGUAUAGACUCCAUCAUCCAUAUGUAACUUGUUUUGAAGAGAAGUGUUUCCGUUGUGAGUGUGUCUUGCUGUAAAUAUUUGUUCAUAUUUUUGUGAAUUCAAUACUAUGUACCAUUGUAUUAUAGUAACUUUUAUAAAGCAAACCAUAAAUAUACUGACUUUUCUUACAGA